AUGGCUUCACAAAAGGCUGCCGGCAACGCAAAGGUAGCUAUUACCAGCAGGGAUCGUUCAGUCCAGCUCUGCACUGGACUAUUCAUCAACAACGAGUUCGUCGAAGGACAUGGCGAGACUAUCGUUUCUAUCAACCCAGCUGAUCAAUCCACCCUCGCGGUUGUACACUCGGCCUCGGUGGAAGAUAUAGAUCAAGCUGUCAAGGCUGCCAGACACGCGGCAAAUACAACAUGGGGAACAAAUACACCAGCUCCCGAGCGUGCCGCUCUGAUGAAUAAAUUAGCAGACAUCAUGGAAGCUCGGCUAGAAGAUCUCGCAGUUUUAGAAACCUUGGAUUCUGGGAAAGGCAUUACCUGGGCCCGUGGUGACAUAACCGAGAGCAUUAGUGCAUUUAGGUAUUAUGCUGGUUUGGCAUUUUCAGGAACUGACGGACAGGUCUUGGAGGGCUGUGAUGCCACGGGGAUUGCAUUUACUCGUCAAGAGCCCUUAGGAGUGGUUGCACAAAUUGUUCCAUGGAAUUAUCCAAUCAUGAUGAUGGCGUGGAAAGUUGCCCCGGCAAUGGCAGCAGGUUGCGCAAUCGUAUUUAAGCCGGCCGAACUUACCCCCCUCGCGACGCUCUUGUUUUGUGAAAUGGUCCGUGAUGCAGGCUAUCCUGCCGGGGCUUUCAAUUGCGUCAACUCGUACGGACCCGUAGGUGGCCAUGCUCUCGCUUGCCACAUGGAUAUCGAUAAGAUCGCUUUUACCGGGAGCACAAAUGUUGGAAAACAAAUCGCUGUCCAGGCGGCCAGCAGUAACUUGAAAAAAGUUGGACUAGAGCUAGGCGGGAAAAGUCCGAAUAUUGUCCUUCCAUCUGCCAACAUCGAGCAAACUGCAGCCUGGUGUUGUUUAGGUAUCUUUGAAAAUAUGGGCCAAUCUUGCACAGCCGCUUCAAGAAUUCUUGUACACUCUUCAAUCUACGACCAGUUCUUGUCAUCAUUUGUCAAGAAAGCCUCUAGUCACAAAGUCGGAGAUCCAUUUGAUCCAGAAACCUACUCCGGACCUCAAAUCUCAAAAGCCCAUCUAGAACGAAUCGAUGGUUAUGUCAAGAGCGGAGUCUCUGAAGGCGCUAAGAUUGUAUUAGGAGGAAACAAGGUAGAAAAAGUCAAAAUGUUUAACGCCGAAGGCCAGUGGUUGGAGGGCGGAAACUUCUUUGAGCCAACCAUUUUCGUUGACGCUAAACCAUGGAUGAAAAUCGUUAAAGAAGAAAUCUUUGGUCCCGUUGCUAUCGUGAUGAAAUUUGAGACAGUUGAAGAGGCGAUCAAUAUGGCCAACGAUACGGAAUAUGGCCUGGCAGCUGGUGUUCACACUGAGAAGCAGGAUGAAGUAGUCAGAGUUGGAGCUAAAUUAAAGGCGGGGACAGUCUGGAUCAACUCGUACGCAUUUUGUCCAGUAAAUGUACCUUUUGGUGGAUACAAAUCUAGCGGCUGGGGGCGUGAAUUGGGCAAAAAGGGACUCGAAGAAUACACCAUCACCAAGAGUUAUCAAUGGAAUUAUGCUCAAAAGCUCAGCUGGCCAUUCGAUCUCGAUGGGAUUUCCAAGCUAUAG